GCAGGCGACGCCAGGGCCGAGGCGGAGGCCGGGGCUGCGGCCCGGUGGCUGCGGCGGUUGUGGUGGAGAAGGACGAGGAGGAGGCGAGAGGAGAGGAGGCAGGCGGGCUGUCCGGCUGGCCGCCCGCCCGGCCGGCCGAACGCCGGAGCCGGGGGCUGGAACGAUGACCACACUUACCAGGCAGGACCUCAACUUUGGACAAGUUGUAGCUGAUGUUCUCUGUGAGUUCCUGGAGGUUGCCGUCCAUCUCAUCCUGUAUGUCCGAGAGGUUUACCCCAUCGGAAUCUUUCAGAAGCGGAAGAAAUACAAUGUUCCAGUCCAGAUGUCCUGCCACCCGGAGUUGAAUCAGUACAUCCAGGACACGCUUCACUGUGUCAAGCCGCUGCUGGAAAAGAAUGACGUGGAGAAGGUGGUGGUGGUGAUCCUCGAUAAGGAGCACCACCCAGUGGAGAGAUUCGUUUUUGAGAUCACCCAGCCCCCUCUGCUUUCCAUCAGCUCGGACUCCCUGCUAUCCCAUGUGGAGCAGCUGCUUCGUGCCUUUAUUCUGAAGAUCAGUGUCUGCGACGCCGUCCUGGACCACAACCCCCCAGGCUGCACCUUCACGGUCUUAGUCCACACCCGGGAGGCAGCCACCCGCAACAUGGAGAAGAUUCAAGUCAUCAAGGAUUUCCCCUGGAUCCUGGCCGACGAGCAGGAUGUCCACAUGCAUGACCCUCGGCUCAUCCCACUGAAGACCAUGACCUCGGACAUCUUAAAGAUGCAGCUCUACGUGGAGGAGAGGGCUCACAAGAGCACCUGAGACCGACCACCCUUCCUGGCCCCACUGACUGACCCCAGAACCGACGAUGGCGGCAGCGUCAAGGGGGUGACCUCUCCCCUCCAUCCCCCCUGGAGCAGCUGCCCAGCCACCAAGGUUCAAAGUGCUCUUAGUGCCUGCUGUCUACGAAUUUGCUCACCCUAGAGGACCGGACUCCGUCCAUCUCUCCGGGCCCGUUGGCAACGAGCGCAAGACUCAACUCGCCUCUACCUGCCCAGGUUGCCCUUGGGGGGGGUGAGUGCCAAGAGGGGAUCUUGUAUCCCCUUUUGUGAGACAUCUGGGCUAUUUUUACAAGACUCUCCGUCUGGCUGUGCUGUGUGUGCAUGUGGUUUCAAUAAAAGACCGGCGGCCUCACGGCCCUAAGGGGAUAAUAAU